AACGAAAUGUAAUUAGCGUCAACGAAACGAAUCGGUGGAUAUCGGUGUCGUUGUGCUUUUCUUUUUGUCGAACGUCGUUUUUGCAUUUUAAACAGAAAUACAACCUACAAAUGGUGAUGGAAACAUAAUUAUAAUAAGAUGAAGUCCAUUGUGGCUUAUGUGCGCAAUCUUCUAGGUUGGUGUGAUGAAGAUGACCCAGCCAUUAGAACAAGCUUCAAACGAGACAGGACGGAUGACGAUGUUUUGUGCGACGAGGCACCGGCACUUAAGCGACUCAAGCAGCUGAGAAGCACCAAUUUUCCCGACAUUAUGUCUUCUAAUGAUCCCUGGGAAAAGAAGGAAAAAAAUGUUCGGUAUGUUCCUAUACAAGUAGAGAGUGGGCACCCUAGCACAUCAACCCCACUAGAGUUGAAUCGUUCAGGCGGCCGAAGCCGCACUGCGCCACUGAAGUUAGUGGAUGUGACAGGACAUGGGCCAGCCACUCCACUGCGGAAGCCACGGAUGCACACCCCAGUGCGACCAGUGAUGCAUGCUGUGGUUGAUGAUGAUGAUGACGAUGAUGAGGAAGAGGUCACAUGGGUGGAGAGCAAGCCAGGAAAAUCUAAAAAACCUUCAGAAGUGUACAUAGAUCUGGAAGAUGAUGACCAUGACCCAGAGGAAACUGAGAAUGACGUCAUAUUCGUCAAGAAAGUCUCCGACCCCCAGGGAAAACCCUUCAAAUUCUUUGUAACUAAAAACGAUAGAAAAGAACCUACAAAAGAUGUACCAUACUACAGGAUAAGUAGAAAGUUGAAUGACAGACACUCCCUGUCACCUAGAAGUUACACUAAGUUUAAAGCCCCAGCCGGCAUCAUGAAAACUUAUAAGAAAACAGGCAUUCCUAAGUGGAUGCACCCACAGAAACCCUCGGCCUUCCCACGGAGUAGACUGCUAGACACCAACGGAUCAAACAUUAGAUCAACACUAUCAGAAGUAUUCAAUUUAGACGAGAAGAGAAAUUACCAAGAGUUGAUUAGAAGAGUAGCGGGAACUACGAAACCAGUUUCAUUCUCAAAGCCAAUAGAUAUAAUAAAUAUAGCUGACGAUUCUGCGUCGUUCCGGAAUACGCAAAGAGCGCAGAGGAAGUCUUUAAAUGAAAUAAGAUUAGUUGAAAAAGGUCUCUUAGCGGAGCGGGAAGGCGAAGCAUCUAAAGAAUAUGACCCUAUUACAGUUGCAUCAAUCAACUCUUCAGACUCUGAAGUAGAAGUAGUACCUUCAGAGUCAUCCACCUCAUCUUCAGUUAGAAUCAACCCCAUUAACUCAUUAAAAGACUCGUACCGAGAUAAGGAUGUAACUUCAACAGAUUGGCUCGCAAAAAUAGAUUCUAAGUAUAGAAAGAAAAGGCAAGAAACUCAAGAGAAGUUAAAAGAUGUGCGACGCGAAUCUGACAUUAUUUCUAAGGUUAACUAUGAACAGAAGUUAGCACAUUUAGAGCAUAAGUUGAAAUAUGAGUUGAGCAUACCGGAGAGCCUCAUUGAGGAGCCCCAGCCAACUGUGGAGCUUCCGGAACUGACUCCGGAGCAAGAGAAACUGAUCAACAGGGCAAUAGGCCCCGGACCAUCGGGACAGUUGAUUAUAGAGAAAUUCAAUUUAAGAAUACACAGACGCGACCUCCAAACGCUGAGCGGCCUGAACUGGCUGAACGACGAAGUGAUCAACUUCUACAUGAACCUGAUCAUGCAGCGCUGCGAGGAACGCAAGGACCUGCCCAAGACCUACGCCGCCAACACGUUCUUCUACCCCAAGCUCAUGCAGAGUGGCCAGGCCGGCCUCCGCCGGUGGACACGGAAGGUGGACAUAUUCGCGCACGACCUCAUGGUGGUACCCGUGCACCUCGGCGUGCACUGGUGCAUGAGCAUGGUGGACUUCCGGAGCAAGAAGAUCCAGUACUUGGACAGCAUGGGAGGUAGAAACCAGCCGUGUCUCAACGCCCUACUGCAGUACCUGAAGGAUGAACAUCAGGAUAAGAAGGGACAGCCGUUUGAUGAUAACGGGUGGAAGUUGGAGUGUUUAAGCAAGGACAUCCCGCAGCAGAUGAACGGCAGCGACUGCGGCAUGUUCUCUUGCACGUUUGCGGAAUUCUCCGCCCGCGGCGCGCCCUACUGCUUCUCGCAGCAACACAUGCCCUAUCUGCGCCGUAAGGCCGCCUUGGAGAUCAUCACCGGCCGGUUACUGCUGUAAACUGA